UUGAUUCUCCCAUCGGACUGCUAAACAAUCAUUCUUCUGGCGCUCUAGAUCAACUUUUUACUAUGUUGGAGCAUGGUUGGAGCUUAGAAAUAUUCUCAAAGCGGUUAAAGACUCCGCCCCUGGAUAUGACGGAAUCCCAUAUUCUUUUAUAGCCAAAGCAGGGGAUAAAUUCCUUAAAUAUUUUCUAGACUUGAUUAACUGCAUCUUACUUUCGGUCCAUCCGCCCUCAUCCUGGAAAUUACAACUGAUUAUGCCUAUUCUGAAACCAGCAAACGUCGAGAAUCAAACAGAUGACGAUUUGUUACCAAAAUGCUUUGAAAUUGGGUCCGAUGUGGAAAUGAAAGAAAUACCCAACACUGGUGAAGAAUAUCUUCUUAAAGUUGUAAAAGAACGUGCCAAUGUUGCUGCAGUAACUGUGUGCGAUAAAGACAUAACAAAGUUUACCAAAAAUCAAUCACGUUUUUACAAAGAGCCUCCAAGGACAAAACCAGCACCAGAUAAACUUAAGCCUACAAUAGAAUGGCAAAAAAUUCAAAUUAAAAAUUUCACAGAUGUUCGAACAUACAUGAGUAACAUAAUGGCUGAGCUUUCUAAAAGAAAUUUGUGGAGUGUCAAAGUGAAAACAAUAGUAAUUCCUGAUCAAUCACUUGUGGGUUGGAAAGUAUUUUUUAUAGACAAUGAUUCUACUGUUACAUGUAUGCUUGGCCUUACUCCCCAACUGCUGGAUAUGGGUUUAGAAAUGCUUACAAAUAUUAUAAGAGAAGUCGCACCUGGGGACACUAUAGACCACAAAACAGGUAGAUGGAUAUAUGCAUUCUUAGCACGAUUAACACACCCACCACUCUCGGAAACCAUUAGUCUCCUAAGAAAUCUAGCCAGAGCUUGUGCUGAAAUUAGGUCACAUAUUAACCAAGAAGAAGAAGAUGCCUCACUGAGGGCUGCACCUUUGAAUCUAUUUAUUUGCAUUGUUGCCAGGUAUUUCGGACAGUUGGACUUAGCUGAUUAGCAUGAUGAUGAAAAUGAAUUUGUAGUUUUUAUAGGUUUGUGUUUGUCUGAAUAUGAUACCAAUAAUAUACCAAUUUCAGCACAUCACUCUUGCACCAUAUAGUAGAAUAUGAAAUACAUCUUGUGAAUCAAUUGUUAA